GCUGCGCUACAGUUGGUAGCUGUUGGCCACAGGUUGUGGAUGAGGACAGAGGUCCGCGCGAACACAAUCUGCCCAGAAAACGAAUCAAUAAAAGGACUUUGAAGUUAAGCUGAUGUUUAAUUUGGGAGCACUUCCCUCAACAUGAGGGUCCGUACUUGACUGGAUAUUGAACACAGGCUGCCUGUUUCUAAAAGUUCAAUAUCCAUUUUCCAGAGAUUCGGCGAACAGAACUGGGCGCAAUUACGCACGGCGAGUAGCCAUGGCACCGAUUUUGGACAGACGUACUCCCGCGUUGCUCUUGGUUUGGAGCUACUGCGUCUUGGCGGAUACCGCCUUUACGAACUUUACUUUGGACAACGAGUUUCACUCCAGUUUCAUCCACCGUCGGCUGAAGAGCCAGGAGCGCAGAGAGAUGCAGCGGGAAAUCCUGUCGAUCCUGGGGCUGCCGCACCGGCCGCGACCCCACCUCCACGGAAAGCACAACGCUGCCCCGAUGUUUAUGUUGGACUUGUAUAACGCCAUGUCCACAGAGGGGGACGAGGACAGAUACUCCUACCCCUACAAGCCCGUCUUCACCACCCAGGGGCCCCCGAUAGCCAGCCUGCAAGACAACAACUUCUUGAACGAUGCAGACAUGGUCAUGAGCUUUGUCAAUUUAGUGGAGCAUGAUAAAGAAUUCCUACCAGUGCGGCGGCAUCACCGAGAGUUCAGAUUCGACCUAUCACGGAUCCCAGAGGGCGAAGCGGUCACUGCUGCUGAGUUUCGGAUAUAUAAAGACUUCAUCCACGAACGUUACGAUAAUGAGACCUUCCGCAUCAGCGUCUACCAGGUGUUGGAAGAACACUCUGAUAGGGAGUCGGACCUGUUUCUGCUGGACUCACGGGUGAUCUGGGCAGCAGAGGAGGGCUGGUUGGUGUUUGACGUGACAGCCACCAGUAACCACUGGGUCCUGAACCCUGGCAGGAACCUGGGUUUACAGCUGGCCCUGGAGAGCACAAAUGGAGAGAGUAUCAAUCCUCGUGUGGCAGGGCUGAUUGGGCGCAGUGGGCCUCAGAAUAAACAGCCCUUCAUGGUGGCCUUCUUCAAAGCCACUGAGGUGCACCUGCGAAGCAUCCGCUCAGCGCCAGGGGGGGCCAAACAGCGUAACCCCAACCGCUCCAAAGGGGCAAAGAGCCAAGAGGCACUCAGAGUGGCCAAUGUUGCAGAAAAUAGCAGUACUGAUCAGAAGCAGGCGUGUAAGAAGCAUGAGCUCUACGUCAGUUUCAGAGACUUGGGGUGGCAGGACUGGAUCAUUGCUCCAGAAGGAUAUGCGGCGUACUAUUGCGAGGGAGAGUGUGCCUUCCCACUGAACUCCUACAUGAACGCCACAAACCAUGCCAUUGUGCAAACCCUUGUUCAUUUUAUCAACCCGGAUACGGUUCCUAAGCCUUGUUGUGCCCCCACGCAGCUCCACGCCAUCUCAGUGCUCUACUUUGACGACAGCUCCAACGUCAUCCUCAAGAAAUACCGCAACAUGGUGGUCAGAGCUUGUGGCUGCCACUAGACUGUCAGCAUCUUCACACAGAGACACACACAUAUGCACACACACAUGAGCAGAGAGGGUUUCUCCUUGCUGUCGGGCACCAAUUGAAACGUUGAGAAUGGAUGACUAAAUAUAGUACACACACACACACACAUAUUUUAUGAACAUUCUGAGAGUUCAAGUGUGGAAGAAACUCUCGUUACAUUUUCAAGGUUGUCCUGAAGUAAACACGAUGUUGAGUGGCUGAACAGGAAUAUCAAUCAAAGUGCACGCACACACACACACACACACACACACACACACACACACACACACACACACGUUUGUGCUUUCUACUGUGUAUACAAGACAUUAAAAGCAGUGAUUGUACUGUAUAUUCAUUCACAGUCAACAAUCUUUUGUUUAUUUCAAUAAUUGUUAUUGUAGUUCAUUCUUUUACUGUAGAUUUUAUUAUAUUAUAUAUUUUUAUGACCAAGAGACCCGGAUGGAUGUUCUGAAUUUCUUGUACAAUACUGUGUAAAUAAUUUUUUUCAAACAAAGCAAGAAGUGUAUUUAUUUCCUGGAAUGUCACUUUGGGUUUUUUUUUUUCUCCUGUAUGUAAUGCUGCCUGUUUUCUUUCACACGAUAGUACACACAGACUCAGAGGAAAUGAAAACAAAGUUGACAGAAAACUACUUUGACAUGAGUGUUGAGUUCAAACUCGAUGCGCCUCCUGUGUACACGUGUGCUACACACUGAUGGUGAGAGGCAAUUUAUGACAACUUGGACCUGUGGAAACGUCUACAUAUUUCAUCAGUCGAAGCUGUUACAUAUACCUGACGCACAUUUUUAUAGCAGCUGAACUGUCAGAGAGAGAGAGGGAGCUUUGUACGAAGCAUCGUGUUCUGUGUGCUAGACAUUUUCAGGUUUAUAUUCCUCUGCUGUAAUACAAUCUGUCAUAUUUAAAAGGUCUAUUUAUUGAGAGCUGGCUAAGAUGUUCUACAGUGUGCUCCGAUGUUUUCAACCAUGUUUUACUGCUGAACUGGUACAACAAUAAACUGGGAGAAAAGCAACAAAAA